AUGCGUGAAAUUGCAGUGGGUAAAACUGAUGCUACUGUUCUCAUGGAUAAAGGCUGUAUCAUAAGCAGUGAGGUGCCUAAAGGCUUUGGAGCUAUGUUUAACACUGCAAAGAACCUCAAGAAGCCCAUCCAGCAGGUGGUGGUGGAAAUGACAGGCUUUGGUGUAUACUUUGCCUCUGAGGCCACUGGAAUCACUGGUACUAUGGUUUUUAGGUGCAGAGCAGCCAUACUCUGGAAGCCUGGUGUACAAUUUUCCAUCGAGGAGAUAGAAGUGGCCCCACCAAAGGCAAAGGAAGUUCGCAUAAAGAUAAAAAAAAAAAUUCAUAUUUCCAGACAAAAAAUCAAAGCUGUUCACUACAAUGGGUCAGUCAGAGAUAAAGUUAUCACACUCUUUCCUGCAUGUGGAGAAUGUGCCUCUUACCUUAAUCCUGGGGACAAUCUUUGUAUACAAAUCAAACAGUCGGAAUCCAGCCUGAUGUCUGAUGGUACUAGUAGGUUUACCUUCAAGGGAAAACCAGUGUAUCACUUUGCAAAUACAAGCACCUUCUCUGAAUAAACAGCGAUAAAAGAAAUCUCGGUUGCCAAGAUUGUUGCAGUUGCACUUCUGGAGAAAGUAUGCCUAGUUAGCUGUGGUUUUUCCACUGGGUAUGGUGCUGCAAUUAAUACUGCCAAGGUGAUCCCAGGCUCCACCUGUGCGGUGUUUGGCCUUGGAGGGGUCGGCCUGUCUGUGAUCAUAGGCUGUAAAGCAACGGGAGCAGCCAGGAUCAUUGGGGUGCACAUCAACAAAGACAAAUUUGAGAAGGCAAAAGAAGUCGGUGCCACUGAGUGCAUCAACCCACAGGACUUCAAGAAACGCAUCCAAGUUUUAUUUGAUAUGACAGGUACUGGUGUGGAAUUUUGCUUUGAGGCCAUCGGAAAUCCAGAAACUGUGGAAGCUGCCCUGGCCUCCUGCAAUGAGAGCCAUGUCUGUGUGAUUGUUGGGCUCUUGGCAGGUGUCCAACUCAACAUCAGUGGCUUGUUGUUCCUCUCAGGACGUUCUUUGAAGGGAACUGUUUUUGGAGGCUGGAAAAGCAGAGAGGGCGCCUCUAAACUGGUUUCUGAUUAUAUGGCAAAGAAGUUUAAUCUACAUCCACUACUUAUCCAUACUCUGAAUCUGGAUAAAAUCAAUGAAGCAAUUGAAUUAAUGAAAACCGGAAAAUGGCAAGUUGCUCACAUAAUUUUUAUGUCUGAGUGUUUGGGACCAAGAAAAAGGAGUGUGGGGGCUGGGGGAGGCAGUAAACAGGAAGUAAUGGCUGGAAUUUAA